AUGUCUUUUUUCAGCAGGUUGUUCAAAAGGAAGAAAGAUGAUAAGUCAACUACGGUGGAAGUUAACGAUUUAGUGGUCGAGGAUGGAGAUCUGGACUAUGUGUAUGUUUACAAGAGCAGUGGUCAAAAACCUAAGAAACAGAAAAACUACGAGAUAUACAUGGAAGACCCAUCAGAGGUAGACGUGAGCGCCUGGGAAAUGGCAAAAGCCUGGACUCGUCGGGACAGCGAGUCGGGAGGUUCCCACAAACGCGAUCGUCUAGCUCAAAAGCUUGACAACAUCCGCCACGCACCAUUGAGCUCAGGUAGGGCGCGCGGUCCACUCCACGUGGUGGAAUAUGAGGACGAGUGCAUGAACGAGUCGUUGCAAUUGCAAUUCGACGACAAGAGACACCGCCAAGAGAAGGUUGAGAAUCGCCGGGUCAAAUUUAACAAGCACAUGACGUGA